CAGCUGAAUACAAGGCAUCUCUUCCCAUGCCCAGCCAGCUUGGAGGAGGCUGAGGGGCAGGAGCAUCAGAGCCAGGAGAGGAGUACCGGAGCCCAGCAGAGCGAGUGGGAACCCAUGGGAGCCUGGGUGGGACAUGACCCCUCAGCUGUCUCAGUGAUGAGCAGCCUGGCUGACCCUGCCGCCAGCUCCGGGAAACUCAAGAAGAGCAAGAAGAAGAUGCUGGAGCUGAAGAAGUGGCAGAGCCUGGAGGAGACGGGGAGCGAUGACCUCCAGCCAAGGAAGCACCCCAGCCUCUCUAGAUCAAAGACCUAUGACCCGUCCUUCUCCAAAGAGACUGAACAGGAGCUGGCUCUGAGCAGGCAGAGGGCCACCCCAUCCUCUUUAGCCAAGCGCCUGGUGAGCUACCACAAGGCCUUCAAGGAGAUGCCCGAGGAGGAGUCACUACUGGACAGUAUCUCCUGUGCCUGGCAGAGGGAAGUCCCCUAUCACGGGCGCCUCUACAUCUCCCAGAACUACAUCUGCUUCCACUGCAGCAUGCUGCUCCGGGAUGUCAAGGUGGUGAUCCCCGUCUCCUCCAUUGCCAUCCUCAAGAAGGCCAACACGGCGCUGCUGGUGCCCAACGCCCUCAGCAUUCGGACUGUGGAGGGUGAGAAGUUUCUCUUUGUCUCAAUGCGUACCCGGGAGGCCACGUACCAGCUGCUGCGAUCGGUCUGCAAACACCUGCAGGACGGGAGCACGAGCAGCAGCCCCCUGGCCUCGCCCGCCAACACCAGCUCCAAGCAGCUCUGCGAGAAGUCUCUGACCUCGAGCCAGUCGGACCUGGAGCUGAACCCCCCCAAGUCUGACAGCCUCCUGGACCAGCAAGACGGGCUGACCCCGAAGCAGAGCACAGAAGGCGAGGAGAUGGCAGAGCCGAGCAAAGAGAGGGCGUGGCCAGACAGGCAGAUGAAGAAGCAGCCCAGGGGCUGGUGGGCGCAACUGAGCACCCUCAACAUCGUCAUCCUCAUCUACCUGCUGCUGGUGGUGGUGUUGCUGCUGUCCUCGGGGUACAUCGGCCUGAGGAUCGUGGCCCUGGAGCAGCAGCUGAUGUCAAUAGGGGCCUGGCCAGAGCUCGACCUGCAGCACCAAUACAAGACGACCUGAAACCAGGGCAGAGUCAGGCUGCACUCAGCGCCAGAGCCUUGUGCCCCCAAAGGACCAGGCUUGCUGCUGGCAUAUGCCACCUUGCAAAUGGGCUGGAAUCCCAUGGCCACUCAUCAGCUCUCCCCCUCAUCCUGAUCUGUGUCUUGCCCUCAGCAGAGCUGGGGCUGAUUUUUAAGGAGACCGGGAAGGGAAAUUAACCAACAAGGCCUGGACCAAGAACAACUCCUCACUGAUGAAAUGCAGACAGAGUAAUGCUGAUGCAGAAGACAAGCUGAACUUCUCCUUCUGAGCGGUCAGGAGCUUAAACAGUGUGCCUUAAAGACCUGCCUGUGCUGCGUGUUUCAUAGCGCACCAGCUUUUCUUUGGAAGCCCUGAUGCAGCUGAUUUCGUUGCACUCAGGCUUCCCACUCAGCCACAUGGGUUGCAGCCUCAGCUGUAAUGGAUGCAGAGAUUGAACUACACUGAGCAAGCAACUUUCAAGCAAACCUCAGCUGAGGCAGCAAAACCGUGAUGGAAUCGGUCCGGCUGCUGCGUCCUUGUGCCAAAAAGGAAAUGGGCGUUUUCGGCUUCCGCCUGGGGCCCUUGGCCCCUCGAGAAAGCGUGGAACAUAGAUCACAGCUCCAGCUGGGCCGGGAGGGGACCCUGUCCUGAGUGAGCAGCUGCGUGGCUGUCUCAGUAGCUGUGCAAGGGCACUGGCCUCCCGGGCCCAGAGGCAAGGACAAGCCUCCUGCUGACCUCCCCAUGGCAUUUCACUCCUCCAGCACCGAGUGUCACAGGGAUGCUCUGGGCUUCAGCGGGGCUCCCUUCGGGCAUGGGCUGCUGUGGGGGGGGCAGCUGCUGUCAGGCUCCAGGGGUCCCAGACAGGCCUGGGGGAGAUGGGGCUGCUGCUAGAGCCGUGGGGGGGGGGUCCCCUAGCACCACUGGUCACAGCCCCUGCAGCUGCUGGGAGGACUGUGGCAGCACGUGGGCUAUGGAUUCUGGUCAGUUACAGGCAGGGGGCUGGGGGUCCGUGUCAUAGCACUGAACCCGGGGGGUAUGGCCCCUGCCUGUUCAUUCAGGAACCAAGCCCAGCACCCCGGUGCCCAGCCGGCUCCUAGAGCCGAACAAGGGCCCAAACCCACCCGCUGGUGCCACCCGUUCCAGGCUGGGGUGAGAAUCCAGGUCAGACUUGCACCCUGUCCCCAUGGGCCAGACUAGCCUGCCCCUCCCCUGCUCUCCGUUCAGCUUGGCACAGUCCCUUCCUCCAGUGCUCUGGUGCUGCAGGCCAGCACUCAGAGUCCGGGUAGCCAGGUGGUGCCUAGGGAAGGUCUGGGGCAGCACCGCAGGGCCGUGCCCCAGGCUGGGUAAUGCCAGAUGCUGCCCAUGCCCAGGUGGGCACUGUGCCUACCUCUGGAGUUUAAACAGCAGGAUGAGCCAUUUCCUACAGCCCAGUGCUGCUGCCAGCCGACCCCAGCAGCUUGCCUGUCUGUCCCCCAUAAGCCCCCGGGGCCGUGAGAGGAGGGUGGGGUAAAGGGCUGGGUUCUGUUAUUAAUAAAGACAAGCCAGCCUCGCA